AUGGUAAGCCUCAGAGUCGGAAGUUUUAAAAUUGUGGCAUGUCGGGUUUCAGCCAAUGAUUUGAAUAUUCCGGAUCCCAUUCCUAUCUCAAAUAAUGAUCCCAAGAUUUUCGAGGCCUACAGAUUCUUUGCUGAGGCUUUAAAGAAGAGUGGGGAUUUGAAAUUGUCGCCAUGUAAUGACUUUUACAAUUAUACUUGUAAAAAUGCUGAAGUUCGCGAUUAUAUGACUGGAAUGAAUGAAGAAGGAAAGCUGAUUGUGCUCAAAGAACUAAAAACCUACAGGGUAUGUCCAAUUCCUCAUUUUAGUCAGAUAUAUGGAAGUGUCACUGCCUAAGCGCAUGGAAAUUGUUUCACUUCACCCUUCUUUCAGGACCAAUCCUGGUAUAGAAGAGCGAAGGGUGCAUUUGACGGCUGUGUUGCACGCGGACUCAGGUCCUCCUCGAUUCAUGAGAAUGGCGAAGCGUUGCGCCGGAUUUAUGCGAGCAUUGAGCAGGAUGUUCGCCUUCCAUUUCCGUUAUUGGACGACUCAACAAUCUCAAAGCUGAACUCGUCUAAACUCGGAGAAAUAGUCGGAUAUCUCGCUCAAAAGUUUCGGCUUCGCAAUUUUUUAGGCUAUAGAAUUCACAACAAUCAAGUGCUUAUUAGUGAGACACAAUUAUCGUUUCCUCUUUGCUACUAUGCUCGCUACUUUGACAAAUUUGAGGAUGAUUACAAGGAAUCGAUAAAAGAUUACUUGGUUCAGCUUUUGGAGGCUCUUGGAAAAGAUGUUGACGAAAAGAAAUUUGAUGAGACAAUAAGUGAAGUGGUCGAAUUUGAAUAUAAGCUGGCAAAGUUACUGACAAAAACCUCUGAUUGGGAUGAUGGUUCUGUGGAGAUAACUAAACUUAAUACCGCAACUUCGUCCAUUGAUAUCGACUUAUUCAUGGCGAGGAUCACGAAAAACGCUAAAACAAAUUUUGUUGCAGAGAACAGUAUCAAGAUUCUUGCGGAAAAGCCAACAAGCUUGAAACUUUUAGACGAAUUCCUUGCCGCUUCGGACCCAAACACAAUAUUCAAUUACCUGAAUAUCCGCUUGGCCAGAAGUCUUCGGAAAUAUUUCAUGCGCAAGCCGAAGGAGUCCAUUGCUGAUCAUUGGCUUAGAGAGGGGAAAUGUGUUGAAAGUGGCGGUAUUUUCCCAGUUGAGCCUGAAAUUGACGAAUUUCCGGGCGAAACCCCACAUGAAUUAGAAAUGAGAUGCAUGAAGUCGAUCGAAUAUGCCAAUUUCGAUGCGUUUGACCGAUUUUUUCUGGAUGGAGUUCUGCCCAACAAGCCGGACAGGAAAGCGUUUGUAAACAGAGUUGGUGUGAUCACUAAGAGGGUGUUGGCUGCGUUUAGGGUAAGAGGCAUCACAUCUGUCGGGAAGAUAUUGUGGAUUGUUGUGGCGCCGGCCGUGUUACUGGAGUGAAGUUGAAUUUCCGUGGUAGAAUUUCUUUUCUCGUCCGCGGUGAAAUUUUCAAUGCGACAAAUCCACAUUAUUUUCCAGACAUGCUGAUUGUAAAUUUGGCCAAAUGAGACGAAAUCUAAUGAUUUGAGGAAUCCCAUUUACACUUUCAGUCCCAACUCAACGAACUUCCUUGGUUCAGCAACAAAACGCGGGCCGGAGCCUACAGAAAGGUUGACGGAAUGGGAUAUAAUCUUGUCUAUCACCCCUACAUUGAAGACGAUGAUAUUCUGAACAGCGUUUACGCGGACCUGGAUCUUGAUCGUGAGAUUCUCUUGUAUUUGUGGUCAGAUGGCCUUUCAAAUUUCAGCUUCCGACGAUGAAUUCACCGCAGCUCAAAAACUCACCGAUUUUUCGCAACGAAGAGAGUGGAAUCGCCUGCUCGUCAAAGAGCGUUUCUUCCCGACAUCCAUUCGCGUUGUCAAUGCGUACUAUUACAACGAUCAGAAUCAUUUUUACAUUCCGCUCGGGAUUUUACGCCGCCCUCUUUUCGACGUAAACUUUCCUGCGUCUGUGCAGUACGGAAGCAUUGGAUAUGUCAUUGGGCAUGAGAUGACGCAUGGAUUUGAUGUAAUUGGAGUUUUGUACGAUGAAAACGGGCAUCGGCGGGCGUGGAUAGACAGGGAAUCGUAUGAAAAAUUUGCGAGUAUGUUGGAUUGCGUAAUUGCGGAGUAUGACAAGCUCCAUGGAAGAGGAUUGUACACUCAAAGGGAGGAUGUUGCGGACAAUGGAGGUGAGGAGGGUCUUGAAUAUAGUUUUAGUCAUAAGCGAAAAUGGCGAAGUACAAGAACUAAUUCUGUUUUGUAUUAGGUUUCAAAAGGCCUCAGCUUUGGCAAGGGAGUGCUAUCAGAGAUUGGGAUAGUCUCGCCCAGCCAGAAUUUGCAUUGAGUUGCUUAGCCUGUUGAAAAAAAAGCUGGAUAUGCCCGCUUAGCGAGUUGCAGCAAUUUGACAUAUGCAUGUUGCGAAACAAGUGUCCACCACAAAUCGUGUUUUCAGGUAUUCGCUCCGCUUAUAUCGCGUUCAAAUCCGAGCAAGCUUUAAGAGGAUCGAAUCCGCAGCUUCCUGACUCUCCGCUUGAUGGAUAUACACAUGACGAACUCUUCUUUUCCGCUUUCUCUCGCAUUUGGUGUUCCAAUGAUCCAGUCAGAGGUAACCACGCUGGCUCGCACUCUCCAAUGGGCUACCGCAUACUUGGAACGCUUCGAAAUUUCCGAGCAUUCCAGGCCGCCUAUAAUUGCCCAACCGGAUCAGCGUAUGUUCCAGAGACUUUCUGCAGAGUUUGGGUUUAA